GCGAGCCUCGUUUCAGUCAGGUGCCAGGCGCCGAACACUAAACACUGUGCCGGCACGCGAGCCGACCCCAUACAGCCUUCGCACGUCCACUACGACACAACUUGCAGCUUUUUGAAGUACGUUUUCAAAAGCUCUACAAGUAAAAUGAAAAUUUAUCACGCGUUUGGAAUUUAUUUGUAGAGAAAUAAUUUUGUUGUGAUCUUCAGCCAGUGAUUGAGUGUAAUCUGUAGUGCUGAGAUUUACCGCCCAAGGAUGUCUCGUCACGUACUGCUGUCACGCCUGGCGGAACAGUUCCAGUCGUCAUCUCCGCCGCCGGUCCAGCGCUUCUCAUCUCCUACGCGAAGCCCCUCUCCCCACUCCCCCGUGUCCCCGCACUCUCCACCACACUCCCCAGAUUCCAUAUCCCACCACCGGCUGGACCUCCUUCAACUGGGAGACAUUGAAAUCGCGGGCAGAGCGCUUAAGCAAUACGCUCGGGCGACUGAGUUGGGAGCGCUGAUGUACUGCAGUGGGUUGGGCGCGCUGUACGGCGGUGCUGGCGUGUGGCCUCUGCUCAUGCCCAGGACCUCGCCACAGUACGCCCUGCCGCCCCUCGACCACAUCAGACACACGCCUCCUAGAGAUGAUGACGAGGAAGAGCUACCGCUGAAUCUCUCCAUGAAAAACCGUCAGAUUUGGUCUCCGGGCAGCGCAUGUGAACGCGAAAAGGGAGAAAUAGGAGAAGAAUCACCGAGUUAUCGAUGGGAGAGCAGGGAAGAUGAUGAGACUCCGUUAGAGUUAGUGAAGAGGUGUCGCAGCAGCCCCGAUGAUUCCGAGAGAGCGGCGAGCGCUGAACAUCGUUGUCCCUCAGCUCCCGUCCCCACAUUCCCUCCUCCCGCGCCGACUGGAGACAUCAACUUCACUCUUCUACUCAAAAACGAGAACAGAAACGAAAAAUCAUUCCAGUGCAAGCAAUGCGGCAAAUGCUUCAAGCGAUCGAGCACACUCUCCACUCACCUGCUGAUCCACUCGGACACGCGGCCCUACCCCUGCCAGUACUGCGGGAAGCGCUUCCACCAGAAGUCGGAUAUGAAGAAACAUACCUACAUACACACAGGCGAGAAACCACACAAGUGCGUCGUGUGUUCCAAAGCGUUCAGCCAGAGUUCGAACCUGAUCACCCACAUGCGCAAGCACACCGGCUACAAGCCUUUCUCAUGCGGACUCUGUGACAAGGCGUUCCAGCGCAAAGUCGAUCUCCGCCGCCACAGGGACUCCCAGCACGCGGACUCCUUAGACCCACCGCAAGCACAAACACGGUAUAGAUAUUACGAAGACUCACCAACUCCGCUUACCCCACUUAUCAGUAACUAAUUUUUUUUUAAUUGUUCAAAGAAAAGUUAAUUUCCUCUGCCACACGCCUGUAAUAACACUUUGUUAUUUCUGAUUGGAUGGAUGAAUGAGAACAUGUUUUUGUACAUGAGUUUCGGCAGUGGCACUUCCACUAUCGUAAUAUUCAUUGAUGCACUAGUGUAAUAAUAUUCUGAAAGUGUAUGUGACUUGCGAAAAUCGAUAGAAUGGGUUCUUUUCAUAAUAGAUUCAUCGUUUAAAAAAUACGUAAAUUAUUGAAAAUUAACCUAACAUAUUAUUCAAAAAUGGCAACAUUUUAUUUGCUUAACAAUUAUUCGAUUAAUAUUUAUUAAUCUAAAAGAAUUUUAAAGUGUAAUUUUUACGAUUUACAUGUAAGUGAAAUUGUUAACAAACGGUAACCAAAGAGUUUUUGAACAAUACUAAUGCUUUCACGUAUACUGUAUCAUUUAAAGGCUUUUGUAUAAUAACAGUAGAAGUCGUCCGUUCAAAUGGGACCCAACUUGUAUGGAUACCAAUCCGUCCUAGUUUAUGUGAUAUAUUUACGAAUAAUUUUAUUGUACUUUAAUUUAUUUCACAUAUAAAUAUUUCUGAUAUGAUCAUUUGAAUUUUAUAAAGAGUGUAGAUAACUGUAGGUACUUCUUUAGUAUUUAAUAAGAUAUCGACGUAAAAUAGUUAUUAAUUUAAAUAAGAAAGCUUAUAAAUUGGUCUGAAAUUAAGAUCAAUAAGUGUACAUAUUAUUGUAAAAUGACUGCAAGAGUAUUGUUAUAUCUGCGCUUAAUUACUUUAACGUAAUAUCAAAAUAAGUAAUAAUAGAAUAAGUUUUAUAAUAAGUAAGUUAAAAGUAACAUUUAUAUUGUUCCUGUGUCGUUUUUUGAUCCUUACAUACUAGCCGAGUUUAAACAAGUACAGCCAUAAUGGGUGUUGCCAGCUAAUAAACUAGAGGGGGGAGGAUAGCUAGCAUUAAAUAAUCUUAUUCGAAGUAGUUUUUACAUCUAUUUUACAUUUUUCAAUUCUAUAGGGGGCAACCUAAUCCUCCUCCUGACGAUGCCCAUGAUAAACACAUAAUAUUAGCAAUAGUUUACCAUUGGAUUUGUUAAUUUAGUAAUAAACUAGUUUUGUGUUGAUAAUCACUAACUACGCUUGGAUCAAAGUGUAAGUAAAUAGUCUAGUAAAAACCAAAGUAAAGUGUAUUGUAGUCUAAAGUGAAACGCUUUAUUUAUUAAAUUUAGUUGACGCAAUGUUAUAUAAAACGAACGCUUCAUCAGUCAUUUACAUGUAAUAUUUUAAGUAUUAUUUUUAAGCAAAUUGUACGAUUUAUAAUAAUUUUAAUUGCCUUAAAUGGGACUAUAUGCCAUUACUUGAGUAAGUUUUGUAUAAGCACUGUUUGAUAUUUAAUAUUGUGAAUUACCAUUUCGAAGCUACCAUCUGGUUACCAUUAUAGGAGUCGGUUACCACAAGUUAUGUGAGAAAGCGAAUAACAAAUUUUAAUUGAAAGGGAAUUCGUAUCAAUGCUAUAAAUUUGUUCGAAUCUAGAUAACCUGCAUUUAGGAUAGAUUGAUAAUUUUUAGUCAUGUUCGAUAAGACGAAUAUUUUAAAGUACGAGGCUGUUUGUAGAAAGGCUGCACAACUGUAUAUUAGUAGCCUGUAAGAUAAAAAUUGUAUUACUAAGUUUACUUUUUUCAAGUUUUGUGAGAAAAAUUACUAUGUUUAAGAUAUAUUGAAAUGUUUUCUUAUCCUGAUGGUGUCAAGUUUGAAGCUACGCAUGAUAUGUAGAUAACGGCUAGAACACCAAAGAAAAUCAACAUCUAUGUUUAUUUAUGUGUAUGUAAACAUGUAAGGAUAAUUACGUGCAACAGUUAUCACUGUAUACGCUGAACAUUCCACUUCAGAAAUUGUCAUAUUGCAAACUGCACGGUUAAACCGAUGUCUUGCCUUCACGUUUGAAUAUUAAUGUACGUAGAAUAUUGCAAAUAGACGACACAAAGUUUCGUCAAGAUUGGUUAUUUUAAUAAUAAUUUUUAGUUCAUUAAGGCCAGUUUAAUAUAAAUAUUUAUGAACAGUA